AUGCCUGAUUUAGGACAAGAACGGGAAAAAAUGUGGUUAGUUCCCUUCUUUAAUAAUUAUAGACAUCCAAUAACUAAUGAUUUCCGUUAUGACGUAAAAGCGUCAUACGAGUAUCCAUGUCUAGAUCUGAGAUUCGUUCACGGACCCGGUCAUAUCAUCGCCAUCCACAUCACCGUCACUGAUUCACCUCUAGACAUUUCACAAUCGUGA